AUGUCUACAACAACAAGCAGCAAUGGAUACGCUCCAUUGUCGAUGGCGGAGCUUCUCAAUGCAGCAGCUUUGGAUCCCCCGCCCGGUGUGACACCCCAUUUCACGACGCAUUCAGAUGAACAGGUAUGGUAUAUCGUCGCUGCGGUCUGCUGCACCGUCAUACCGGGUACUUUGUUCUUUUUGCGGCUCUAUACAAGGCUACGUAUCAUUAGAAAAACAGAUCUCAUGGAUUGUUAGGCAUACAUUUCUUUUUUCCUUUAUUUGUGCUAACAAUGUUACAGAUGCAUCUAUCCUUGGCUUCGUAUGUGAAUCAUUGUUGUUGUACAAAUUGAAGCCAUUCUGACGCAAUGGUUGAUAGAUUGGUUUUAUGGGUAUGGUAGUGGUUGGAAAAUUCGUUUUCAAAGCGGGUGCAGGUGUCCAUCAAUGGAAUUUGUAGCGUAAGGAUCUGAAUACCUUGCUCUACGCGCGUAUCAUUCUACCGUUCCUUCUCACUUGAUUAGACUUUGGUAACCGAACCCCCUGUACAGUGGAUGCAAGUCCAGAAUAUCAUAUACUGCUCAACAAUCUUCUGCAUCAAACUCGCCAUUCUCCUCCAGUACCUCGCCAUCUUCGCGCCCAAUCGUGCAAUAAACCCGUUGUUCUGGUACGCCUCUACGACGUUGAUUGGAGUCAACCUUGUCUAUUACAUUAUCAGUAUGUCGGUAUAGAUUUGGACUUGCUCUCGGGAAAAGAUCUGGAAUGAUCUUGUUCCGGGGAAGUAUUUACACAAUAACACCAUGAUCUUGGCAACUUGUCUUUGGAACAUCUUGAGUGAUAUCAUGAUCUUGGUCUUGCCAGUGAGGGGCGUAUGGAAGUUGAGAAUGCCAAAGAAGAAGCGAGUGGGGAUUGUGCUUUUAUUUGGUACUGGGCUGCUGUGGGUCUUCCUCUCGUUCGAAGAGAAAAGAUAAUGGCUAAGAGGGUUUGGAGCCUGUAUCACCAACGCCUUCAUGACAAUUUACCUCAUUCGCAUGUCUGGAGACACGGCCGAUGCUAGCUACAACAUGGCUUGGUUGGGAUUAUUCGUCGCCGCCGAAGUCAGACUCGGAAUCUCUGUUAUCUCUUUCCUCCCACUCCCGAAACUCAUCGAUGCGAAAGGCAGGAAAUGGCUCUCGAAAUCACUCGUCCGUUUGAAUCCAGCUGGGCGUCACUGAUGCGCUCGCGACUCACUCGGUCCAGUAGGAGUAGAACCGAGGAUGAUUGUUACCAUGAUAUCAGUCUUCCUCCGAUUUCGAACCGCCAGACAUCUAGUGAGAUACAAUUUGGGAAGGUGGAAACGACUAGGCCAAGUAAGGAUCUGAGUAUUGUGACUUUAGAUGUUUCUGAGGAGGGUCGAGAGAGAAUUGUAUAGCU